AUGCAAAGCGUGCUCUGGAGGGCCAACUAUGAAACAAUGGACCCCGCAUCCGCGCCACUGACGCCCCACUCCCUGCCUCCCUCGGGGCCUGGGAAAAGCACUGUCCGCAGCAGUCGUUCGCGGAAGAGAGGUCCCGAGAUGACAAUGUAUGCCACGUCACCCCCCGGGGCGUCCCACCGGUCGAUGGGGAUCAUGCAGGAGCUACAGAAAUACAUCGCGCAUGUGGAGAGCCUUGCGGCGCACCGCAAAAUGGAAAUCGAGAAGCUCAACGAGGAGAAGCGGGACCUGGAAAAGCUGAUGCGCCUGCCGACUGACCGUCCGGCUCUGCUUAAGGCACCAGCUAUCGGUGACAUCAGAGGGGACGAGCCGUCACAAGUCAAGUUCCUGCUGGAGGACAUCCGGGUGCUCAAGGACCGCGUGCGAAAGUACAAAGAACGGUCGCAAAGCGGCGACCGCCAAGUGGCCGCACAGCAGAACCAUAUACUGAGGUUACAAGACCGGGUCGCGACGCUGGAGGGCAGUCUCCAGAUGGCCAAUCGAACCGAGACGCAGAUCAGCGAAGAGCAACGGCUGGCUGGGGAGGUGGAAAGCAAGGACAAGGAGAUCCGGGACUUGCGCGACAAGGUGCAGAUCGCGCAGCGCUCGCGCGAGGCCGACGCGCGCCGGCACAAAAUCGAGGCGCAGGAGCUGCGCAAGGAGAGCGCGGGCCUCAAGAAGGAGGUCGCGCGGCUCACCGCGGAACUAGAGGAACGGAACAAGGAGAUCCGGAUGGACGCGAUGAAGAUCCGCUCCCUUCGCAAGAAGCUGGACCCCAUCAAGCGCCAGCUUAACCAGGUGGUUAACCAGAACCCGGUUACGGGUGACCCGGAAACCUACAGCCCGACCGCGUCGGUGAACGGCCCUCUCCCGCCACUAACCGACGGCGACUACUCCCUCGCUAACCCGGGUUUCGACUUCUCGGGGCACGAUAGCCCCCGGGAUGGAACUGGGUUAGAGAGCGCGGUUAGCUUGACCCCGGGGAGCAUGCGGGAGGAACUGAGAAGGCUACAGGCGCUGUGCCAAACACAGCAAGCGAAGCUGGCACGGUUAGCGGGCGGAGAACCAGGGGUGGAGGAAAACGGGUCAGGGGCCGGGUUAAGGAAGGACGUUAGCCAGGACGAGGCUGCGGUUCUGAUUCAAAAGGCGCUGCGAGGUUACGCGGAACGCAAGAACUACGUCAGGCAGAAGUCAGCAGCGAUGAGGAUCCAGGCGCAGCUACGGGGCCACCAGGUUAGGAAGAGGUUAAAGCAGCAGGCCUCCGACCGGGCACUUAACCCGGAAAGUCUGCCCGUUACUCCCUCCGGGGAUAAGGGGACCGGAGAGGCAGGCGACCAAGCUGGAUUGAAGCUGAACGUAUUGGAUGGGGGUGAAGACGAGCGGGUUUCGGAUAACCGUGAAGGCGAGAUUAGCCCAGGACCAAGCCCAACGAAGGAGGUUCUGCAAUUAAGGCAAUCCAGUGCCACGUCUGGCACUCCAACCAGGGCCGGGUCAAAGACACCGGUGGGAAAGCCCGCCAGCCGGGACUCUCCCCAUGGCCCGAUGAAGAGGAGCCCGAGCAGCAACGGCCGGAACUCGCCUACCGUGAAGAGAGGGGCCCCCGGGGAAAGCCAUUUCAGCAAUCCCAGCCCGCGACCCAAAGCUUCCAAGGCCCUAUGAUAAGUUGUCAAGGCGCUAUUAUAAGCAGGUCAUUUGAUGCUGGGGUUUCGUCAUGCAGAACACGCACGGUCUCAUAGGUGAUGGAAGGGCUUCAGCCCGCGACCAAAGCUUCCAAAGCCCUAUGAGGAGGUCAUGUAAUUGUUCGUGAUCUUCGUAACAAUGAAAACAUUAAGCACGUGAUAGGCCGUAUGGCUUGCCGGAGGGCUCCUAUCAGCAUUCAAGAGCUUCCGAGGCCCUAUAGGCAAGUCACAUGAUAUUAGAUGGGGGUUCGGGCUUGCACAAUAAGCACUGGUGCGUGAAAGGGCCUCAAAGGGUAUUAAACGGCCACGUCCUGAAGCCGUCAAGGCUCGGGCGAUGAGCAGGUCAAGUACAGAUUGGGG